AUGUCGUUCAACGUGCUGGCAGACUACUUGGUAAUAAACGACCGCGAGAAUGAACCCGCCAAGCAUCACCAGAAAUACGACUGGGAGUACCGUAGCGUUCGUUUGAUGAAAGAAAUUUUGCGCUGGUCACCCCAUAUCGUGAACCUGCAAGAGGUGGAUCACUUUGAAGACUUUUUCGAGCCAAGAAUGAAGAAGGCGGGCUUUGUAGGCGUCUACAAAAGAAGAACUGGGGAGAAUACGCACGACGGUUGCGCGAUCUUCGUGAAGAAGAGCAUGUUCCGCAUCGUAUCCUCUCACCCGAUCGAGUACCACGUGCUGGAUCAUCCUGUAUUGGAUCGAGAUAAUAUUGCAUUGACAGCAGUGGUGGAGGCCAAGAACAGCGUCGGUGGACCCAGUCCUGCUCGUUUUGUGGUCACGAACACACACUUGCUGUUCAACCCAAAUCGCGGUGAGAUCAAGUUGGCUCAGUUGGACAUGCUACUGAAGCACUUGACUUCUCUGCGCAAGGAGCACAACGCGAUACUGCCGGUUCUUCUCUCCGGGGAUUUUAAUCUAGCGCCGCACAGCCCACUUUACCACUUUCUAUCUACGGGAAAGCUGGAUGCGUCUGGGCUUUCGCGCUAUGGCUUAUCUGGUCAAAAUCUGGAUACGUAUGCGCUCAAGAAAGCCGCACGGGUCAACGAAAACGAUCGAACCCGUCACCAUGGAAAUGGUACUGCAUUUGGAAAGUUUGACAGUUACCGGGCCCAACGAGAUGAUUUUCGCGUUUACAAGCCCAACACAGUGUACUCUCAUGAGCUUGAUUUCGCCAGUGCGUAUGCUCAGUUGCCCGAUGAUAAGUGCACGGGCGAGCCGAAGUUCACGAUAUUCCAUAGUGGCUCCAAGGCCACAGUCGACUAUAUCUGGUACACACGGAGCUCGCUGCACUGCCACGGAGUAGUGGAAAUGAUCCCUGCUGGACUGCUCUUCAAGCACGACGAGCUACCUACUACCGAACAUUCAAGCGACCACCUAUCGCUUGUUGCCGAUUUCUCGCUGCGAUGA